AUGGCUGUCGAGCAGAUGGCUCAAUGUGCUGGCCCUGGACCCCUUGUCAGAGCAAAGCCUAAGCCGCACCCAGCGACCAAGGCAGUCACAGCGCCAACUGCAAACCUCAACAAGACACAUAAGCCUUACGAAAUAUAUAAUGUUGCAAGGACUUACCAAUCCUAUACCAUUUGUACAGCUGUUGGGACAAGUCCAGCGUCUCAAGACACCAACACCCAAAGGAAAAAAUAUCCAGGCUUGAAACUCACCUUCAAGGAUGGUGUGAACGCCAGUCGAAAAGUGUCCAAUAAUGAUGUAGCAUCCUUAAGUGAAACACGUGUUGGAAGCGCCGUUGAUAAUGGGAAAUUCCGGAAGUCGCUGGGAUCUGAAUCAUCCAAGCUUGCAGAGGGAGCGGGAGUAGGGAAGUGGGCCAGAGGUGUGGUGUCCAAGUCCCAAGUGAAGCCUUCUGCGCCACCAAGUGCACGUGCCAGCGUGAUCGCACACAAUUAUGCAGAAGGAUUCGAAGACGACGACCCACCUGAAGAUCAUGACGAUAGCAUACCUACGAGUUGGGGUGGGCUGGGCAUUGUGCAUAUUUCUCAGACCACUGAUGAACCGAGGGGACGAAAACGUGGAUUAUCCACGGCCUUGACAGACGACCUUGAACCCGAAGAGCAGCGUGAAAUGGAGGAAGACCAAGAUGCUGAUGAAGAUGUUCAGGAGGAUGUCGACAUGACGGAUCAGCAGGGUGACAUUGAGGUCUGUGAAGUGUCAAACAGUCGGCUCACAACCUCUAUGUCAGUUAGUGUUAUGGAGAUCGCAACAGACGACCAGACACCUAAGUACAUCAAAACUGAAAAUGGAUGUGCACCACUUAGACUCAAUCAGAAGAGAGUAAAACCAAAGAAUUCGCACCUACCCAGCGGUGCUCAGAACUCGACCUUUCGUUCCGUAUUUAUUCCAACGAAGUUUUCAGACAUUCUCGACGAUAUCUCCCUGGUGGUGGAUCCCACUGCUGGAAACUUUCAGUAUGAUGAUGGCUGCAAUCUCGCCUUCACUCUUGUAUCUCAAAGGAUCUCUGAGUGGAGAGGAAAUUUUGGCUCCACUGCUAUCAGCAUCCUCAUGACAUUUUUUGCCUCGACAGAUGAAUACAACACUAAGGAGGCACAGAAAGCAUACACCGAAUAUCAACUCGAAGAUUCACGCUUUGUGUAUGAAGACCCGGAUAGUGAAGACUUGCCUGGAGCUUUCUUAUCAGAAUUCAUUUUGCACAUCUUCGCUGUUCAACUCAACGCCACCCAAGGAUGCCAGAUAAUUGACUUGCUUGACUUCGAGUUACCUGGACAUGCAACAGCCCUUGCACUGACCACCGCAGCCAUGAGUUUUGCAUCGCCUUUACAAAAGUUACUAAUUUAUCAUUUGCAGGCCGAGUGUGCACUUAUUUUAGCUCGCAACGACCUCAUUGUGGAAGAUACUUCGGACCAAGGGAAACACAAGGUCAUGUUGACGCUCAACCACGCCACCAACAAAAUGAGAGCUGCCCUUCGACUGCGUGCAAGAAAUCAUCCAACGAUCUCAAGCGUACAUGAAGCGUACUCGCUGCAGGGGUCCAGACAAAGACAAUAUUCUCAAUGA